AAGAGAUAACUAGCGUAGAGUAAUAUUUAUUAAACGAGUUGCUGGUAAUAAUAAUAAUAAUUAUGAUUGAAAUAACUGCAAAAUUAAUUAGAGGACCUGUAUAUUUCUCUGGAGAAGUCAUAGAAUGUUUAGUUACAUUCAGUAACCCACCAAACCCGAUUCAUCAAAUAUCUCAAAGUAACAGUGAUAUCUUUGAGAGUCUUGCAUGGGCUAGUGCACAAGUUCAUUGUCAAUGUUCGGCAAACAGUAAACUUGUUAUAUCAGAAAAAUUAAAUACUGCAGCCCGAUUAGUAGCUAUUAAUGCAAAUACAACGUUUGCACCAUGGCAACAGGAUAAUGGCCAUGUUGUAUUAAAUACAAAACCUAAAAUUUUAUUCUGUGAUUUGAGAUUGUCUCCUGGGGAAAGUAAAACAUAUAUUUAUCGAGAAAUAAUUCCAAGCGAUGCACCGCCAUCCUAUAGAGGACAUGCAGUAAAAUAUUCUUAUAAAAUCACGGUUGGAACACAACGAGUAAAUACUGCUAUAAAAUUGCUCAGAGUUCCAUUCAGAGUACUUUCUUUAAGUGAACUACCUGAAGUGACUGCUUGUAAUGAUAGUGUUGAUUUAAGUCCCAAUAAUCCAUUCAUGGAAACACAACAUAGAGAAACUUCUUUAGAUGUUGCACUUCAAACUCUUCAGAAUUUAACUGCAAGACGUAGUCCAAACUUUUAUAAUAUUACUAAUGGACGAGGACGCGUUGUAAGGUUUUGUCUUUUUAAAAAUUCUUAUAAACUUGGAGAGGAUAUAGUCGGAACAUUUGACUUUUCAAAUGCUACUGUGUCUUGUGCACAAGUGUCAGUUGCAUUACAGUCAGAAGAACAUAUUUCAGAGGACUACAGACGAGGAAAAAAUACAGCUCCUACUUUAGUUAGUUAUAAUAAACAUCAUGAAAUGUGUAUGGGUUUAAAGUACUCCCACUUGGUGCUACCCAUACCUUUACAUGUAACUCCAGAUUUUACCACUGAUUUAAUGACUUUAAAAUGGAGAUUACAUUUUGAAUUUGUUACAACAUCUAAAUUAAUAGAAAUGCCCAAUAAAAAUACUAUGAACUGGCAAGGUCCAUUGACACUGGAUGUUGAAACAAUGAUUUGGGAUUUGCCUGUUCAUAUUCAUCCAACAACUACACCACCUAAUACUGCUCAACAAACAAAGUACAAUAUUGUGAUAUAGCAAAUUUUAUAUUAUUUUUAUAUUAAGAAUGAGCGCGUAAUUUUUCAUUAAUGAUUACUCAGCUGUAUACUUCUUUAUCUGUUUAGUGUAUAAUUCUUAAAAACAUUUUGUACAGAAAAAUGUAUAUAUAUGUAACAUAUUUUAUUUAUAUAACAUACUUCAAUUAAUGUAAUAA